AGAGAAAUCAGAGCCAAUGAACCAUCUAGAGACAAGCCAUGGGGAUUCAAUUUUGUUCCGAGGGCCAUUUAAUUUUAAUUAUAAUCGAGGAUGUCGAAGAAACUGUUGAAUGGAAGCUGAUACAGAAGAAGAAGGUGAAAAAAAAGAAAAAACAACAAAAAAGACAAAAAGCAGCCAUAAUUAUCCAGGCCUGGUGGCGUGGCACCCUGGUGCGCAGGACGCUGCUGCACAUGGCUCUCAGGGCCUGGAUAAUCCAGUGUUGGUGGAGGACGACACUGUUGAGGCUGCUGGAGAAGAAACGGCGGGCAGCUCUGAUCAGCUACAUAACCAGAGAGAGGGCAGUGAUCAAGCUCCAGUCUUUGGUCCGUAUGUGGCGCGUCCACUGGCGCUACUGCCAGGUGCUCGAUGCCCUCUGCGUCAUCCAGUGCCACUGGCAGUGCCACAACUGCCAGACCUGCGCUCUCCUCCGGGGCCACUGUGUGGCCACAGCCACUCACCUGCAGUUCCACAUUGAGAUAAUCGACGGCUAAGGGCAGGCAAGAAGGGGCACUGUGUUUUUUGAUCCCCAAUAAAGGUCUAACAUG